GUCUACCAAAUCAAGAACUUCUACGAGCGCAAGCCCGACGGCAAAGACAUCACCUCCGUCUCCUUCGACAUCGCGGCCGCCAACAACGGCACUCUGGACUUCACGUGCGACGCCUACGACUCCGCCACCGACAAAGCGGUGGAGAACUUCGAGGACGGCCAUGUCUACAAGUGCGGCAAUACCUCGCUCUUCAGCUGGUCAUACUCCGAGGUCGACGAUGCCAACAAGGGCCGCCUGUUCUUGUGGCAAGGCGCUUCGCCCGAGACGCUGAUCUCCGGCUUCACCAACAUUCCCGAGCCAUACUGCCAUGCUGGUGGUGCCGGAACGCUUGACUUGGUCUGC